AAAAAGUUCCCUUAUUUUGUCAGUUUGGUUUGUAAACUACAAGGCAGAACGCGGUUUGUGAACCGCGGGGACCAAUCGCAACGAUCAAAUCAUACACCGUUUGACUCUUCUAAUUCUAAUCCACAAUUCUAGUUUCCUUAAUGGCAAAGGUAAUACUCGAUUAUAAGGCACCGUAGUUCAUACAUAACCUGUCUCUCAACUGUCACCUAUCCACCCCACCAUGGAGGAGCCUCUGUUACCGGAAAAAAGAAGUGGAUCGGUUGAGGAGGAGAGUGGAAAAUGGAGCUCGUAUCAGUAUGUGGGUCAAACCGGUUCUGUGGUGCCAACUGCUUCAUUGGCUGGGACUGAGGUGAGUGUGGAUGAAAUACGAUCUGCUGCUGCUGCUUCUUCUGGUUACUACCCCCCUUCCCUUCAUGGGGCCUUGGUUGGUUCACCUGAGCCUGAGCCUAUAGGGCAAGUUCUUGUUUAUCAGGGUGGAUAUGGAGGAGAUUAUGGUGGACCCAGAGCCCAAUUCCAGAGGAAAAUCUUGGAUGAAGUGGAGAUACGAGAGUUGCUCAUUGAUCAUGUUGGUCAUCGUUGCUGUUGGGGUAGUCGUCCUGCUCGAACAUGGAGGAUUCAUUCGGUGGAAGACUGUAAUGUUUAUGUAGGAACUCUGGAUACAUUUAUAGAGGAAAGAGAGAUCAUAAGAGAGACAGAACCAUACCUUGGUGGCAGUAUUGACGGAAAGGAUAAUGGACCUGAACUUGGUCUUUGGGAAUUGGAUCUAAGAUCGCAGUUCCCUGUUCUAUUUGUACCCUAUAAAGAAGUGCGAGAAAAGAUUCCUCAUUCUGAAGUUAUUGAGAAAUGCUCUGUUUGUGCUGGACGAGGAAGUAUAGUCUGUGCUACGUGCAAUGCAGACCAAGAACCUGGUUUUUAUAAGGAAAAUCAGAUGACUCAGUGUGCAACUUGUUACGGAAGGGGUUUAAUUGCUCAUAAAGAUGGUUCUGACACAGUAUGUGUGAAAUGUAAUGGCAAGGGAAAGAUUCCUUGUGCGACUUGUGGGUCUCGUGGACUAAUUAAGUGUGCAACAUGUAAUGGAAGUGGUUCUCUUCUAGCACGAAAGUUGGCCAUUAUUAGAUGGAAGACACUCUCAACUCGGAAAGUAAAUGCAACAAGUGGAGCAGCAUCAGUACCAGAUGAAGUUUUCCAUAGAUCCAAAGGGGUUCAGUUGUGCAACACUCAGGCACACCAAUGCACACCAGCCUUUUUUGCUGAUUCUUAUUUUCUCAACAAAUUUUCUUCUGAUGUCAUCACAGAAAGAGCUCAAGUACCUGCCACUGCAAGGGUCAUAUGUGAGAGGCACACAAUCUCUGUAGUGCCGGUAACUCGUGUCACCAUGUCUCAUCGUCGGCAAUCCUUCAGUUUCUAUAUUAUUGAAUAUGGCAGGGAGGUGUACUUAAAGGAUUAUUACCCUGCAAGAUAUUGUUGGGGCUUGUGUCCUUGUUUGGAGUGGUUGAAGUUGUAAUGUUGAAACUCCUCAUUCUGGCAGCAUUGAGCAGUGUAUAUGUUUCAUCUACAUGUUUGUGAGUUCUCUCUUCAGAUUGAUAAUAACAGAAGCAGAUUUCUGGGUUUUGUAGGUUGUGAACUUGUGAAGAUGAACUUUGUCAUAUUAUCUGUUGGCUUGUAUGGAUCACAGCAAUGUUUUUAAUUUGUUAUUAUAUUUAUGAAACAAGGCCAGAUUCAAGUGGAGUGCAAGUGAUGAAUUCUUGACGUUACUGUUAAUUAUUUAAAUAAAAAGACAGUCCCCUCAGUUUUCUUUUAA